ACAAACAGACGAUCUGUAGAGCAUGAAUGUCAGAAUGUCAAAUAACGUAAAUAAUCUAGGAUAAGAAUACAAUCUCCUAAAUUUUAUAUAUCAUUUCUAUUUGACAAGGCAGUUCAAUUUUCAUUUAGCAGGAUGUUUGGCCAUUUAUCAAAAUAUAUUUGCAGCAACUGGGUAAAUGUUUUUCCACGGUCUACUCUUCUCAGAAGACAGCUCUUGCCACAAAACUGUCGAACACUUUCUGAUCAGACGGGAAACCUAAAGAUUCAAACUUCAGAAGCUAGAAUUCGUGAAAUAUUGAGUAAAAGGUUUCCCUCUGCCGAGUACAUAGAAGUAACAGAUGCCUCUGGUGGCUGUGGAGCAAUGUAUGAAAUAGCAGUGGUUGCAGGUGAAUUUAAAGGACUCACUAUAGUCAAGCAACACAGACUAGUCAAUGAGGCUUUGAAAGAAGAAAUAAAAGACAUGCAUGGACUUAGGAUACACACAGCAUUGCCAGGAAAUCCUAGUUGACACUAAAAUGUCACAUUUAUUUGUCGGACAAACAAUUACGAAGUCGUUAAGAAUGUUAUCUGAGCUAUUGUGACAAAUUAAAUUA